AUGAACACUCCAAUCCCGUUCCGCCUUGGUGUCCCCAAGAAGCAGUCGGAGACCAUCGAGCAGGUCGAUGCUCGUCAAGAGAAGGAUGUGCACCAGGUGACUGCCCGUGCGAACGCCCUGCUGCCUGUGGACGACGACUUGGCCACCGCAAUGGAGAACUCCCUCGCCCCCGGAGGUUCGAACCCUGUCGUUCCAUCCUCCAACGUCGACCUAUCUUUCAGCAUGCCGCCGCCGCCUGCGCCUGUGGUUCCGCAGUCUUGCGUGCCGUCGCCACUUGUUCCUCGCCAGAGACCUCUUGCUCCAGUGGAGCCGUUCCCUGCGUUCGCGGCUGCCGCCGAGGUACAGGAUCCCACGCACCAGGAGCUUCGCCGCCGUUUCCGGCAGUACGGUUGCAACGAUCAGGACGAACCUUACUGGGAUGAAAUGAUGCACAAAAUCAUUGCAUCCGAUGGCCAGAGGGCCCGCAACUACAUCGUGUAG